AUGGGAGCUCAAGGAAUAAAUAUUGAAUACAACAAGCCGGCGUUAAGCGGAAAAGAAGCUGCGACAGUAUUUAUGCAAUUGAACAACAUGAAUCAAGAUUUAGAACAGUUUAAGCCUCGACUUUAUCAGGCACAGCUUGAAGAAGUGGCAGUAAACAAAAAUACCAUUUUGCAUUUACCUACAGGAGCUGGAAAAACUGUCAUAGCUGCCCAUCUAAUAAAAAGGUUUAUGUAUAGCUUGAAGAAGCCAUGGGGAGAAGGGGGCAAGCGAACAUUUUUUCUAGUUAACACUGUUCCAUUAGUGAACCAGCAGAAAACUGUCAUAGAGAAGCUGUGUCCAGUCACAAUUGGUGGUUACAGUGGGGAGGAUAAAGUAGACUUUUGGAAUAAAACUAAAUGGGAUGCUGAACUUACAAAAUAUGAGGUUAUUGUGAUGACAAGUCAGAUUUUAAGUGAUAUGCUAACACACAACUACAUUAAAAUUGUGGACAUAAAUUUGAUGAUAUUCGAUGAGUGUCACCAAGCUGUAGACGACCACCCGAUGCGUCUAAUAAUGAAACAUUUUGAAGAGUGUCCACCGGCUUUGCAGCCUAGAGUUUUAGGUCUCACUGCUCCAUUGCUGAAUUCAAAUGUACCAUUACAUAAAGUUGAAGAGACGUUACAGAAACUUGAAACUACCUUCCACGCCACUAUUGCAACUGUAAAUGACAACAUUGGCGAGAUUCUAAGAUAUUCAACGAAUCCCACCGAGAUGUUAGUUCAUUUUCAAAAUCCAACACCAAAUAACGCCAUUGUGGAAGCCAAGAAGUUGCUAAGUCAUUUAUUGAUUCUCAUAAGUAAAGUCAAGUUGCCCCCGAAAAUUGUUACUACUGUUGAGUUGAAUUAUGGACAACAAAUUAUUACUUAUGAUACUAAAAAGAUUAACAAAGAGGUAGCCAAUAUGGUGACGUCAAUUUGCUACCAUUUGGACGAACUGGGUGCAUACGGUGGUGUACUGUGCAUCAUAGCCUAUACAAUACUCUUGGAACGGUUAAAACGGCGGGCCACGUCUGAGGAAGAGCUGAUGUACACCUUCACUAUUACUCAUUGCACUGAGGCAAAAAUGGUGUUAUUAAAUCACAUGAGAGAGGAUACUGGAUUCACGAAAAUCGUAAAACACUCUUCACCUAAAGUAAUUCUUUUGUUAAAACUUUUGAAAGAUGCAUGGAGAGAAAAGGGCAAUGAACUCUCUUCCAUCAUAUUUACUCAACAACGAUUUACGGCAAAGUUGUUAUAUAAUCUGCUUAAAGCAGUUAAGAAACAUAACUCGGAGUUUGAUUUUCUCAAACAUGAUUUUAUCGUUGGUUUCAAUGUAAAUCCGUAUAAUAACACAAGGGAACAACAUUUAACGAAAAAACUAAGUCAUCAGGCUCUGCUACAAUUUAAAAAUAGGGAUUUGAUGUGUUUGAUAUCUACUCGAGUUAUAGAAGAGGGCGUGGAUAUACCACAGUGCCUACUUGUCAUACGAUAUGAUCUGCCAUUGGAAUAUAGAUCCUACAUUCAAAGCAAAGGUCGUGCCAGAAACAAGGAGUCCAAGUUCAUAAUGAUGGUUUCUGAAGAGAAUAGUCUCAAAUUCAGACAAAAAUAUCAGAACUUCCAACAACUGGAAGGACGAUUGCAUCAAUCGCUGUUGAGUAACUGCUUAGAACGUGCAGCACCAACCGAGGAAGAUAUUAAAGCGUUAUACGAAGAAGACGAUAUUCCACCCUACGUCAAUAGCAAUGGAAAGCGCCUAUUUUCAUCAUCAGCUAUAGCUCUCCUAUAUCGGUAUUGCUCCGUGCUUCCACACGACCAGUUUACCCUGAUUACUCCCAUGUGGAUUCUUGAAAAGGGCAGCAAUCAGAUAACGAUCGUUAUGCCCAUUAUGUGCCCAGUUAAACAACCAAUAAAGGGCCAACCGUCGAAGAAUUUAAAGACCGCAAAGCGAUCGGCUGCUCUUAACGCUUGCAUCAAAUUGAUUGAAAGUGGGGAAUUAGGGCCAGAAAUGUUGCCUAGGAAGUAUGGGGAAGUACAGUAUGAGCAAAUAGACAUAAAAGAAUGUUUUCCUAAUUGGCCAUGGGACAAACCUGAUGAAUUGCAGGGAAAACAGGGAGUGCCAGCAGCGGGUACUAAGAAGAGAGUGAGAAAGCAUAAAAAAGUGUACCCGAGUUUGUUGAACGGAAGAUUGUGGACAGGUGGAAACCAGAAGUUUUAUUUGCAUUUAAUCAAAUUAGGUACAGCCUUCGAGAAAUCAAAGACCUCACGCGAGAGUGCUCUAUAUAAUCUUCUUCAAUUGGACGAUGGCUAUGGGCUUCUUACUAUGCAGCCAUUGCCGGAACUGUGUGAUUUUCCUAUGUUUUUAAUGAUUGGAGAAGUAACAACAAGCGUCGUGAUGAACUACUCAGUGCUUGAUUUGGAUCUGAACAUGUUCGAGCUUGUUAAACACUUUCAUUUCUACGUGUUCGAUCAAGUGCUAGCGAUAGCGAAGAAGUUCGUUGUUUUCGAGGGAUUAGUUAACUGUUUGUACGUUGUUCCUACUUGCAAGAGGGAUAGAUUUGUUAUAAAUUGGGAUAUAAUGCAGACCUAUAAAGAAGUACCACCUGUUGCUGUGCCGUCGAAUAAAGAAAGAAGUUCGAUCCAAGUGACACGAGAAACUUAUCAGAAUCAAGUUGUAACGCCGUGGUACCGAGCUACUUUGCUGCCUGAUAGGUAUAUAGUAUCAGAUGUCCUCGAGCAUAUGACACCCAAUUCCCCGUUCGAUUCUAACUCAUUCGAAUCGUAUGCAGAUUAUUACUCCAAUAAAUACCAGUUGGAAAUCGUGGGUCCAGGAAACCAGCCAUUGUUGGAAGUACGCCGUAUCAGUACCGGGAUGAACUGUCUAUUACCACGAGGACCGACAAUAAGGGCUUUUACGGAGAAGCAGAAGAGGCUUGUCUCCUUAGCAAACGGUGAUGACAAGCCGAACGGCUUCAACGAAAUCUUCAUACCAGAAUUCUGUAUCAAGUACGAAUAUCCUAGUGUACUGUGGUAUAAGGCAUUUAUGCUGCCUAGCAUAAUUCAUAGGGUUACCAUGCUUCUAGUUGCGUAUGAGCUGCGCGCGCAAAUUGCUAGAGAUACUAUGUAUGGCCAGCCUCAUUUGAACAAAGGUGAGAAAUGGUUGCCAAUAUCAACGGACUUAAACAAAGCCAUGAAGAGUCUACUAUCACAAGUUGAAGAGCCGGCGACAUUCAAUAGUAUAGACAGGAUAAAUGACCCUAUUGAUGAAUAUGCGCCUCGGCCGCUAAAUAUUGUCACUAUGAAGCAGACCAUUCACCAACUUCAGAAGAAAAAGCUGGAUAAGGAGUAUCCUUGGGAGGAAACCGCCGAACCCCUAGACGUCGAGCGAAAUCUUACGGAUGUGACUCUAAUGGACAUAGAGUGCUACGAUGCAUUCGUCAUGGCGCCAAUAGAAGAGACAAAGCCCGCCCAUCCAGCUAAAUCGCCCGUCAGCCAACCUUUAUCCACUGCUAUAUUGCCACCUCCGUUAAGGUAUUCGGACAAGAUACACCUGCUUUCGCGCGGAGCAACGGGUCGUGGUCCUGAGUUGCGUGACAUCUUAUCAGCACUGACGACGAUCAAUUCUCACGACUCCUUCGACUUGGAAAGAGUGGAAACCCUCGGAGAUUCUUUCUUGAAGUUUGCCUCAACCUUGUAUCUCUACAACAAAUUCCCGCGGCUGGAUGAAGGCCAGCUGACUAACAUUAAGGGGCGAUUGUUAGGAAACAGAAACUUAUACUAUGCUGGUGAGAAAAUCAAUCUCGGUGGUCGUAUGAAAGUGGAACAGUUCGCUCCAAAAAGUGAUUUCAUAAUUCCUGGCUUCUUCGCUCCUAAAGAAGUGAUUAACUUUAUUGAAGAACAGAAGGUAAGUUUUGAAUAA